AUGGCGGGCAGGUUCGAACCCAAGACACCAGUCAACCUGGACCCUCCCAAGCUGGAUGUCACGAUCUCUCGUGCAGAACUUGAGACGGCGACUGGUGAGAAUGGUGGAAAGUGCUACGUUGCAAUCAAGGGACUGGUAUACGACGUGACAGGUAACAAGGCGUACCAGCCCGGAGGCUCAUACCACGUUUUCGCUGGACAUGACGCAUCCCGCGCCCUAGGAAAGACGUCGACCAAGGCCGAGGAUGUCAGCCCUGACUGGAAGACCCUGGAUGAGAAGGAACAGGGCGUGCUGAACGACUGGAUCACCUUCUUCAGCAAGAGGUACAACGUCGUUGGCGUUCUCGAAGGCGCUGAUAAUAUGGAAUAG